AUGGCAUACGAGCUGUCUAUAGAGAUAUUCGGAACAGGCGAGGACCCCCAGCACCGGUCUCAUUGGGGAUUUGUGAUUCAUAGGCCCUCAAGCCUUGUUGGCGACCUACUCCAUGUCAAAGUGAUCGAUCUCGACAGACUAUGGUACCAAUUCGAACCGAGAAUGAAUACCCCACUGCGCACCAUGCAGGCCGUUGGCAAGAUCAAACUUGGCGAUCUUAAUGAACAGCAGCGUCAACAUGCCAUCCAAGGAUGGGAAAAAAGAUGCCAGGAUUGGGUUUAUGACACCCUGCUGUCACUUGAGGUUGAAGAGCUUGUUCCGUCUGGCACAUGCCAUAUCUGGAAGGGGAUGGUUGGGAAGUCGGCACGAGCUGUUCAGGCAACACCAGGCGUCAAUUGGAUGAGUCUGAAAUGA